AUGACGGAGCGAAUAAAUAAAGAAAUUGGUCGAUUAAUGAGGGCUUAUUCCCACGAUUCUCAUGGUAAAUGGGCUCAUAAAUUGAAAGAAGUGGAAGGAUACUUAAAUAGGGUUAUUCAUGGUUCCCCGGGAUAUUCUCCUGAAGAAUUACAUUUUGGUCGUGAGCAGACGUCUAGGGUUGUCACGGGUAUUUCUUAUCCUCAUCCUCCGUUAAGAAUCGAAAAGCGGAUAGAAAUAGCGAGGAAGCGUUUACGAACAAAAGCUGAGAAGAGGCAGUCUCGAUAUGUCGGUAGGAAGGAAACAAAUUUUAAUGAGGGGGAUAAAGUUCUUGUUAAGUUUCAUCCAGAAGAUAAAGAUAAGUUGAUAUCUGGAUCAACUGAUGGUUUAAUAAAUGUAUAUGAUUUAUCAAAAACAUGCGAGGAUGAAGCCCUUACUGAUUCGUUAAAUACACAGUCUUCUGUAGAUCAAUUGUUAUGGUUUAAUGAAAACGGAAAAAGCAACAUUAGUUGCAUUACUCAUUGUUCAGAUUUACAGUUAUGGAACGUAGAUGGUGUUGAGCAAUAUAAACAUUUUACUCGUGGAGAUAUUGCCAAAAAACUUAAGAAGAAACGUGAAGAAUUUACAUAUAUAGCAAAAGUUAACAAUGCUACAAACCACUUAUUAGUACUGGCUGGAUCAAAUUACAGAGAUGGGGAAUGUUUACGUAGUCUACAAAUGAAGUGUGCAGAACUGCAACCUGCAUAUGGUUUUUAUUGCAAUAAGCAAAGAGUGAGAAGUAGUUGGUACAAUUCAAAUAUAAACAUUCUACUAACUGGUGGUGAAAAAGGGAUAUUAAAUGUUUGGAAUCUAAAAUAGGAUAAAAAUGUAUAAAUAAAUAAUAAAGACAAGGGCAAGAGACAA